GAUACCCGCGUCGCCGCUGUCGUCGCGAACUUGCCCAAGAUCAACGAGCAGCUGGCAGAUGCGACGCCCAAGGAGAUUCUCGAGUGGUCCAUCGACAACCUGCCCAACCUCUACCAAACCACCGCCUUUGGCCUCACUGGCUGCGUCACGCUCGACUUGGUCAGUCGGAUAUCGCAAGAGCGAGCCGCCCAAGCAGGACGCCCCGCUGAGCACCUCGUGCCACUCAUCUUUGUCGACACCCUCUACCACUUUCCGCAGACGACCAAUUUGGCGCACCGCGCCGCACAGCACUACGGCGCACCGAUGCACGUGUACACGCCGUCGAGUCUCAACAGCUCGGCCGAGUUUGAGAAGGCGUACGGCCAGAUGUUGUGGGAAAAAGACGAGGAGCUGUACGACUACCUGGUCAAGGUCGAGCCAGCGCGGAGAGCAUACGACGAGCUCCACGCCAAGGCUGUCUUCACUGGGCGCAGGCGGAGUCAGGGAGCGGACCGCGCAUCGCUGUCCGCUGUCGAGGUCGACGAGACGGGCCUCAUCAAGGUGAACCCGCUGCUCAACUGGAGCUUCAAGCAGGUGGACGAGUACGUCAAGGCGAACGCAGUGCCGUACAACGAGCUGCUCGACAUGGGUUACCGUUCCGUCGGCGAUUGGCACUCCACGGCGCUCCCUGGCGCCGACGCCGGCGAGCGCAGCGGCCGCUGGAAGGACAAGGCGGGAAAGACCGAGUGCGGGUUGCACCAGGACUACUUCCAGCUCAAACGCUUGGCGCAGAAGAAACUCCGCGAGGCAGAGCUGGCGCGGAAAGAUGAAGCAAAGGACAAG